UUAUAACAACUGAUUCUGUAAACCUCCAUAUAAUCAGUUAAGUUAGUUUUGCUUUUCACGGUGCCCUCUGUGUGUGGACUGCUGAUUGACUGAUUUGUUUGUCUAGAUAAUUUAGAUUCUUUAGUGAAGCAGACCAUUGGAAAUCUGUGUAUCUUUGCACGGUAAUAGAAUGUGAGGAGUUUUUCCCGCUGUUGUCUGUUCCACUUUAACAUCCCGUAAAAGGACACAGAUAACCUCCUGUUAUUACGAUGUGUUAUGAGCUGCUCUGAGGUCGGCUCAUUAGGCAUCGACGUCUGUUUUUAUGAGGCUCCAUGACUCCUGCAGUCGCUCCGAAUCGCCCUUUGCCCCGUCUCUGCAGAGAGCCGGCCGAUAGUGCUUAGGAUGGUGCUCAUUACCUAAUCCAGGUUCUUCCCCGAAAAUGGACCCUGUGUCUGGUUUAUUACCUUGCCGGGGUAUUCCAUGCCGGAUAUGAGACAUGAACGCAACAGGGCAACGGACCUCAGAGUCAAUACAAUAACAGGCAAGAGGACGUGAUGUGUAUUAUGGGAUAUGUUUUAAAUGGCCGUGAGCCAUGUUGCCGUGAGGCUUCUGAAUGGGCCACCUUUGCGCUGAUCAGCGAACUGCGUGUUCAUCCGCUGAUAGUGUCGUGUGACCAUCCAGAAGGGCAAUCGAUUUCUGAAGAGGGGAGGCAAGUGGACGGACGUGCUGGCUGGGAGUUGGGCCCUCGGCGGAUGUCGAAUUAGCAAAGAGCCACUGAACACGACAUAAAAUCAGCCGCAGAUAAUAACCAGGCCGCGUAUCCCUGCACGAUCCGGAUCGCAGCUCCACCAUGUACAACUCCACGUGGCUGGAGGAUGUGCAGCGCUGGAACAUGGAUCUCUUCCUGAUCCCGGCGGUAACACUCACGGCCUUGACGCUGGCGGCCGACUCGCUGCUGCUGGCCUGCAUCCUCUGCUCCCGCGCUCUGCGCCGCGAGACGCGCUACCUGCUGCUGGCCAACACACUGGCGGCCGACAUGGUCUUCCUGGCAUUCAACGUGGCCAUGGUGAGCUGCAACGCACUGGGGGCCAGCAUGCCGCCCCUGGCCUGUGAACUGCUCACCGCCGCCUCCAUCACCGCCUACUGCUGCGGCAUCCUCAGCAUCACGCUCAUGGUGGUUGACACCUACGUCGCUGUCCGUUGGCCCCUGCACUACCAGCGCCUCCUGCCCCCGGCCCGCACCCGACGCAUUCUUCUGGGGACCUGGAUCCUGUCCACCAUGUACCCGGCAUCCCAGGUCAUCGUCAUGGAGGUUACGCAAAGCGCCGUGCCCUGGGACCAGGCGCCCUGCCUGGUUGUGACCCUCCUGGGCUCGGCCAGUGGUAACAUGAUGGUGGGCAUCCACAUGUACUACUCUGUGGGAGUGAUCCUCUGUGGGAGCCUCAUCCUCUACUGUUACGCUCGGCUGUUCCUCAUCACCAGGACGUCGGGUAUAUGGCGCAGUCGGUACUCCCGUGCGCGGGUCACACUGCUGGCACACGCCACCAUGCUCCUGCUCCACUUCGGGCCCGGCCUCAUCUUCUCCUUGGAGCUGACGCUCUUCCACAGCCGCAAGCUGGGCCACCGGCAGCUGGUGCUGAUCAACAUGCUCAACACCCACCUCCUGACGCUGUUGCCGAGGGCCGGCGCCCCCUACCUGUACGGCCUCCGCUACCGCGACAUCAGCGACACUGUCCUGAAUCUCUUCCGGGGACGGAGUCAGGUGACUGUGGCUUAG